AUGGCUUUGAACCGAAUUGAAGGGACCGACAACCUGUUCGUCGGAGGGGUCUUCGGUUUAAACCGCCCAAGGGUCCUCGAAGAGCACAAUAUCCGCUCCAUCCUCUCCGUGAUAAAAUACUCGUUACGGUACGAUGACGACGUGUUUCAAAAUGCCGAACACUUGAGCAUCGACAUCGAUGAUAUGGAGGACCAAGACAUACUGGCACACCUCCCGAAGAUGGUCCGAUUUAUCGACCGGGGACUUAAUGCUGGGGUGGCUUCAUUGUCGUCCUCGAGCGACGCAAAGACGGCGAUCUCAUCUUCCGAGUCGCCCCCCGGUGUCCUCGUCCACUGCGCCAUGGGGAAAUCACGGUCUGUUACGGCCGUCAUCGCAUACUUGCUCUGGAAAUACCCACAUCGUUUUGGCAAACACGACCCAAUAGUAACGACCCAAGAGGUCGUUGCGCGCGCUUUGGCAUGGGUUCGCAGGACGCGGCCCAUGGCCGAACCGAAUGAAGGGUUCAUGGCCCAGCUUGAAAUGUGGUGGGAGAUGGGCUGCCCAGCCGACAGUGACGAUGCCGUCGAGAAAGAAGCUGCAUAUCAGCGUUGGCUCUACAAGCGAGAAGUCGAGGACGCCACGCGGAUCGGGAGGGCGCCCGACCGUAUUCGUUUUGAAGAUGAGGCUCAAGAGUCUAGCGCAACAGACCCAGCGGGAAAGCCUGGUAACGGGAACAUGGAGCUCAAGUGCAAGAAGUGCCGGCGUGUUCUGGCGAACGAGCCAUUUAUCGUUCCCCAUCAAGGCCGCGGUAGCCCAGAGCGGUCCACCUGCCCGCACUAUUUCAUCGAAGCCCUCUCGUGGAUGCGGCCAAUCUUAGAGGAAGGGGAGCUCGACGGCCGGUUGAUAUGCCCAAACCUCAAGUGCUCUGCUUCGAUUGGUCGUUACGCUUGGCAAGGGUUCAAGUGUAGCUGUGGGGAAUGGGUCGCGCCAGCGUUCUCGCUGCAGACAAGCAAGGUUGACAAGGUUAUCACCCAGAGAGAGAACCACGGGGCGGAUGCUGUCGCGGAGCGGAUGGCGGCGCUGGGCAUUCGGAUGCCCCCGUCCACAGCCCAGAAGCCCAUUGAGACGCCAAAGGAGAAUCUCUGA